UUUAUUAUAUAUUUAAAACUGUGUGUUUUUUUUUUAAAUUCGUCUAUCCGAGGAUGUCAUAUUUGUCUGUAUGGUUAUGUAUCGUCACAGUGUUGGGAACUUCAUCAAGUAUUCGAAUUAAAAAUAAGGACCCUAUGAUUUUUUAUGGAAAUGGUCCUAAUUCAAACAUCAUAUAUUACAAAGAGUGUGCUCCCAAAGUGACAUGCAACCAAAAUGCUAUUUACAGGACAUCGGAUGGUACUUGUAAUAACUUAAUGAACCCGUUAUGGGGGUCGUCUGAAACUCCAUACAUCAGACUUGCUGAAGCUGCGUAUAAUGAUGGUAAUCAUGAAGUUCGUAAACAAGUAGAUGGUUCUCAGUUGCCCAGACCUCGUCAAUUACAGUUACAAUUAUUUUUACCAAAAUCCUUGGAUUACCCAGACUCUAAUAACUAUCAUCUAAGUCAAUUUGGCCAAUGGGCCAAUCAUGAUAUCAGUCUUAUGCCACCUGACGAAUCUGGGCCAGAGAGAUGUUGUUCCGUUCCGAUUAAUGAGAUCAACAGUAAUAGCCCAUACCAAUGUCAAUUAGCUAUUGAAAUACCUACAAAUGACAAUAUUCUUAGUCGUUAUGGACAAACAUGCAUGGAAUUUAGACGUGCAAUGACUGCUGCUAAUAAUUUUAACUGUUUAAUAACUCCUCAAACUCCAAUGAAUCAGGCGACCUCAUUCUUUGACGCGUCCCAAUUGUACGGACACAAACCAGACACGGCAGCAUCAAUUAGAUUGUUUGAUGGAGGAAAAUUGAAAACAGAUAUCAUAAAUGGACACGAGUUUUGUCCUCAAAAAAAAAGAYAUGGAUCAUUAUUAUGUGAUGAUCGGGAUAACGUGGGCGUUUGUUUUGAAGCUGGAGAUCCAAGAUUAAACCAACAUUUUGGGCUCACAGCGUAUACGACAAUGUUUACGCGGUUUCAUAAUAUUGUGGCUGAUAAGUUACGAGAAAUAAAUCCUCAAUGGUCUGAUGAAAUGUUGUAUCAAGAAGCUAGAAAGUUUGUUGGCGCACUAAACCAGAUAAUUGUUUACCGGGAUUACCUGCCCAUUCUACUUGGUAAAUCAUUCACAAAACGCGUUGGUUUAGAUAUUAGUAGGAGAAGAAGAACACGAUACAACCCUUCAAUCAUGCCACAAUUGACCAUAGAAUUUGCAGGAGGUGCUUUCCGAGUGCCACAUAAUACGCUGCCUUCGACAUACGAAUACAUAAAUAAAAAUUAUGAAGUAGUGGAUUCAGUUAAAUUUCACCAAUGGAUGUCAAAACCCGACCCCUUAGUUAGGGGUGAUAACUUUGAUCAAAUAGUUAGAGGCAUGGCUACAUCAGCAGGCCGUUUAUUUACACCAUCAUAUAACUAUUUUAUAUCAAAUUUAAUGUUCAACACACACCUCACUGGUAACCAAGAUUUGCUAUCAGUUGAUAUUCAAAGAGGUCGCGACGUCGGCGUACCAUCCUAUACUGUUGUAAGAAAACUGUGUGGUUUUCCAGAAGUUAAUUCAUUUAACGAUUUAUUAAAUAUCAUACCAAAAUACGACGUCGAAUYACUGAAAGAACAGUACGCUACCGUCUAUGACAUUGAUCUACUCGUGGGAGCUUUACUCGAACCACCAGUCGAUGGUGGAACGGUUGGUCAAACUGCACAGUGUAUACUAGCUGAUGUAUUUUACCGUAAUCGAUUCGGCGAUCGUUUCUUCUUUGAUGUGAGGGGUCAACCGGGAAGCUAUUCUCUAGCACAAUUGAGAACUUUAAGAAACAUUGACCUAGGCCACGUAUUAUGUGCCACGACUGAAUUGGACGAAGUACCAAUGAAUAUUUUCAAAUCCUCAAAAUAUUCAAAAAUGAUAAAAUGUCAAAAAAAAUUAACAGUGUUGAAUCUUAGUGCUUGGAGAGAAUAGUUGGUUAUUUAUUUAAAUCUAAUAAUAUUAUAAUAUGCUAGACGUUAUUUGUAAAGUAAUACACUAAUGCACUAUAAAUUAUAAAGAAUAAUAUUAUAUACAAACAUUUGGGUAACUUACUUGAAUACCAUAAGACAGAUUUAAAUAUUUAAAAGUUUGUAUGUCUAUUCAGAAAUUAUUAUUUGAUUAUGAAUUAAUACAUUUAAGUAAGCAUCUCCAGAUAUA